AUGUCUAUUACCGCCAAGUUCGUCACCGAGUACGCCAGCGUCGUUGACGCUCCCGCGGCCAAUGUCUGGGGCAUCCUGGCAUCUUGGGGCGCCGAAAAGCUCUGGAUGCCCAAUUGCACCGCUUCAGCCCUUGAGGGCUUUGGUAUCGGCUCUGUCCGCGACCUCGACUUUACCACGCGGCCUGGAAUUACGACUAGGGAGACUCUCGAGGCUAUCAAUGCAACCGACUACACUCAACGCUUUAGAGUCGAGAUUAGCGCUCAUAAGGAUGCCUUGCACUACGGCAAUGUUAGGCUUGAGCCUGUGAACGACAAGCAGACGAGGGUGAUUUGGUCAGGCGAAUCGAGCUUGGACGACGAGGGCAUGAAAGAGUCCCUGGACCAACUAUACGAGGGUUUCAACAACGCACUCUCCGAAGUUUUGAAAGCUUAG